UCACAUUCAAUAUGGAGGUCAAGAAAUGAUUUGAGACAGUGGUGUGCACAGAGUGCAUUUUGAUUGACACGGUUUCAACAAAUUAUUAUAUAUACAGAUAUAAUGUGAAUUUGAUUGAAAAAGUCCAACAUGGUGAAGUAAAAUUUGAAAGAAUGUGUUAGGUGGUGAAAAGCCGAACACACAAUGUCUACAUGUUCAGGGGACAUUACUCUGGAAAGUGAAGAACAUUAUAUAAAGUGUGAACCUGGAGUGUGAAGCCAAGAAGAGUCAGGAGGCUGCGGACAGUGCCGGCACGCAGUCAGCCACCAAGAUGCUGCCUGAAUCGGCAGAUAAAGUAGGCACCGAACUCAAUGGCACUGCCAUCAAGUCAGAGGUCAAGACUGAGGUCAAGGAGGAACCUGUGGAGGAGAAUCGUAGCACGGAAAUGUGCACCAAUAACUCGUCAGGACCGCCCAGUAACAAACUGACUAACGGAGAAUCAGAAAACAACAACCAUGCCUUUGACAAAGCAAAAGUGAAGGAAGAGAAAUUACCUCCACAAACUUUGGCAGAAGUUCUUAGUGAGGACACAGAGGACAGGCGAUCCUCCCCGGCCAAAGCUCCCCCUCCACUGGGCCCCAAUAAGACACCCCAGCCUCCCAAAACAUCCAAGUCACCUAUAGCUGCUCCUCCCAUCACAUCCCGGGGAACCCCUCCAGCCAGUCACAUGACCCCCCACCCUCAGCAGGCCCCUCCCACUAGCGGAGAUUCUCAGUUUAUGCAGCAACAGAGCCAGAUUUUUGUGUUCUCCACUCAGAUGGCUAACGAUGCAGCAGAGACGGUGAUGGCUGGACAGUAUAAAAACAUACUGUCAUUCCACAUGGACCAACCCAACACAAAGAAGUUCCUUCAGAAGCAUCAGAUGAAAAUUCACCCCUUUGCUGGAAAUCCAGGAGGAAUGCCACCUCGGAAUGUGAGACCCAGUCUGAUGAUGAAGAACCAGGGAGGGGCAGGGGGACAGUUCCCUCCCAGCUCCUCCGUCGAGCAGUGGGUCCAACAACAGAAUGCUCAGCUGCAGGAACAGUAUAGUUUCCCACCAGGCAUGAACUCUAGAAGUGGAAGUAACCCAGGCAUGCCUCAGUGGCAAGGGGGCAUGAUGGGUGAAGGAUUUGAAUCUAUGGCAAUGGCUGGAGGGCUCGGUCCUCAUCAUCCAAGUUUAAGUCAACAAAAAGUGCCUAAUGAAAACUUAACCCCAGAACAAUUGAAAAAAAGAAAAGACGCUUUGCAGAAUUUGCAGAAAAUACAAGAAAUGUUGUUUCCUGAGCAACACCCACAGCAUUUUGGCCCAGGGCAGGGGCCCGGGCCAGGGAUAGGUGGUGGAAUGAUGCAGGAUGGGAUGCCAGGAGGUCCCAUGAUGCAGCAGAACAUGAUGUCUCCUCCACACAAGAGAAUGAACACACAACAGAGCAUGCCGAGCCAUGACAUGAUGCCCCAACAGGGUAUGAUGGGACCUGAUGGCAUGAUUGGUUCUCCAAAUAACAUGAUGCCCAUGUCACAGUAUGGUGCAGGCCCAUCCUUUAUGGGGCCACGAGGCCCUGGGCCACAAGGAAUGCACAACAUGUCCCCAGCACAGCACGAAUGGCAACGUCUACAGCGUGAAUUCUACAUGGAGAAACGUCAGCAAGGUAUGGCUCAGCGUAUGGGCCAUCCAAACAUGGAAAUGGCAGGAAAUGGGCCUCCGCCUCCUUCCUACCAACAUUCAAUUGCUCAAAAGCGUGGCUCUGUAAGCUCUACCUCUCCUAACUGUAAUGGACCUCUUGGGUCUCCCCCAAUGGUUUCACAGGGUGUUUUUGAUUCACAUGACAUGUUUUCUCAAGGACCACGGAGGUCUUCGUUUGGAUCUCGAUCUCUUGAACAAGGACCUACGAUGAUGAAUCCUGGGAUGGCUCCCGGUGGCCAUUUUGAUCCCAUGAUGACUAAUUUGCCAGGUUCAGGGGCAAUAGCACCUGGCAUGCCUGGCCCCAUGCAUGGUCGACAGCAAAAAUCUUCACGUCGGAGCAGUUCAUCAGAACUGCAGCGUGUAGGCAAUCCUGAACCCCUCUUACCUGACCUGGUUCCCAGUCGGCCAUCAUCGGGGACUAGUGUGGGAAAUAGUGUAAGUAAGCCACCACCUAGCUAUGCACAACAUGCACAAUCACAGAAAAGGAAACGAUCCGAAAUUGAGGAAGACCUCUACAAAAAUCUACAACCUACACCCUCUCCUCAGCAAAUCAAUUACCUCAACCAGUUUGAAGGACAAGAGCUAACAAUUACAAAACAACUCAAUUCUGCAUAUCGUGACCCAAAUACGCCAGAAAAUCAUGGACCGGGAAAUCAGUUUGGAUCAAAUCCUGUGGCUCAUUCACCCAUGCAUUUGAAUUCAGGAACAAACAAAGGCCCCAUGUCUAACUCAAGUCAGACUUCCAGUGUAGGACCUCUAAAUAGCCCAGGACCCUGCCCAAUAUCGGUUCCUGGGCCUAACCCACUCUCUGGAGCCAACAUGAGACUUUCACAUUAUGACCCACCCCCUGUGACAAACUCUAUAGCUAAUAGUAUGUCUUCAACUAAUGUGUCAUCUAGUGCUCCCCCUACCCCAUCAAACAAAUCAUCUCUCUCCAACAUCACAUCAUCGUCUCUCGCUGACUUAGCCAAGGGGGUUGAACAUUUAUCAAAUCAAAUGCAACAAAACAUGAUGCAGGGAGGACCUUUUCAUAGUAUUCAAAUGCAAGGACAGCAAGCAACAUCAAACACAAGUACAUCACAAUCCUCAACGAUUUCAUCCGUAUCAUUGACAGAAUCACAAACAAACACAACACCUAGUGUUAACAAUACAUUUGUGAAUGCCACCAUGUCCAUACAACAGUUAAAUAUCCAAAGUGUCAACGCAGGCCCAGGUGGGCAGAAUUACCCAAAUUCUCAAAUGAAUGUGCAACAAAUGAAUAUGGAGCAAAUGGGUGGAAUGCCAACAUCGGCCUCUGGGCCAGGGCAUCCAAAUAUGACCCCAUCAUCUGUGUCAAUGUCACAAGGCCAAGCCAUGAUUGGCAAUCCUAACAUGGGCCAGGGAGACAUGGGCAAAAUGCAGCAGCAACAAGCAUCUGUUCAAAUGGGCAACAAAAUGAUGAUGGCCCAAAACCAACAGAGUUGUAGACCUGGAUCUCCAAACAUACAUUCUGGCAACACAAUGGGAAAUGCAAGUGUUCAAAUUCAGUCAAAGACGCCCAAUACAAUUCAGUAUCUGCCUGCCCAUCCUCCGGCUAACCAGCCCAAUCCGCCACAGAAACCACCUGAUCUCAACUUCAUGCAAAGAUUCACAUCACCAAUGAGCAACUUUGAUUCAAAAGUACCCACCUCUAAAGUGCAGUAUUUCCCAAACCCUCAGGAUCAAGUCAUGAGGCCUGGGAGGAUGUCGCCGUUUGCUGGAGGGCCACAAAUGGGAGGAAUGCCUCCACAACACAUGAUGCAGCGAGGAGGAUCAGCUGGACCUGAAUUCUCCUCCAUGGGGCCUGGGGGCCCUCCAAUGGGAGGAAUGAACGACAUGAUGAUGAACAAUAUGGGGGACAGUAUGGGAGGCCCCAUGGGGCCAAGUAUGGGAAACAUGCCACCAGGAAUGAUGCCUGGUCCAAAUGAGCCAGGAAUGAUGCAAGGGAACAUGAGAAUGUCUCCAGGGAUGAUGGCAAUGGACCCCAUGGGUCCAAUGUCCCACCCCAACUCACCACCAUAUGACAUGGGUCCUGAGCAAAUGAUGGGACCUGGACCCAGUAUGAUGGGGGGACCAAUGGCAUCUAGGAGGCCCUCUAGAGGAUUUCCACCCGACAUGAUGCCAGGAGGAAGAGGUCCAGCAUCUAUGGAGAUGAUGCCAGGGGGCAGCUCUGCAGCUAGGCUAUCAGCCAUGAGCAAUUUUGGGCCGUCAAUCCCACCUCAUGGAGGACAAAUGCCUCAUGGAGGAAUGAGAAUGCCUGGAGGACCAGGGAUGGGGAUGGGAGGCCCACAGGGGGGAAGUGUAUCUUACAGUGCACAGUAUCAACAAUUCCAACAACAGUUAUAUUCUCAAGGACGUCCACGACAAAUGUCACCCAUGGAGGGAAUGAUGGGAGGGCCAGGACCAGGUGGGCAGUACAUGGGCAUGAUGCCCAAUAUGCCCGGGCCUUAGUUACCCUGACAUUCAGUAAUGAAUCUGUUGUUACUUGUUGAUUAUUAUCUGAUUUUUUUUCUGACUUUCUUUAUUAUAACAACAUUAGAUGUUCUUUAAGGGUACACAUGCUGUUUCAAUAACUGCUUGAAAAAGUCACAAUCUUUGUUAGUCAGGGACCAUAAAUCAUACAUAUAUGAAAGUCUGCUAAGUUUUUAUGGUGUAUUUGUAUUAAUGUUUUGUUAAGUCAUACCUUGAUAAUGAUUUUCUACAAAGUUCAAGUUAUCUUUGGACAGAGUUUUUGUGGUUAUUUUAUCUAAAAAAGUAACUGGAUAAGGACUAUUUAAGUUUACACUGGGAUUUUAUCUGGUAUAAGGAAUUGGCCUGACAUGACUUCCUGGUUGUGAUACCAAUUUUUUUUUUCAAAGUGCUACCAAAUUUUUAUUGUACAGUUUUAUACACAGUGAAAUAUUGACUAAUGAACUAAAUACUCAAAAACAUUUUCAUUUUUUUUUCCAUGCCCUAUUGUGUCUAGAAAUUGAGCAGCUAAUUUCUGAAAUUAUAUCUUUACGAAAAAAAAAAAAUCAUUUGAUUACUCUUCUUUUUUCUGUAAAUCAAUGACAGGUUUGUGAAGAAGGUCUCGGAGAACAUAUAUGUUUACAAAAUAAGAGAAAAUAUGAGCUCGGUAAACAGAGGCAAUUUGCAUUUGUGUUUAUAAAAUAAACUAGGGUACUAAAUAUUAACAGGGUAUAAGCUUGUUAUAAAUGAAACAAGUAGUACACAGAAAUAAUUGCUUGUCUUUGAUAGACGAGAUGAUUGUGAACAAAGAUAUUAAAGAAAAAAAAACAGUUCUCAGAGUUGUUUCCCUUGCAUAGAAAUGUUAGUAGCUUUAGAGUUUUGUUUUACCAAAGGAUGACCUACAUUUUCUCCAAUACCAAAUUAAACAUCACAUGGUCUGGAUUUUAAGUUAGCCAGAUCUAUUUAUUUUCCUGGAAUUUUGGAAUGUCUUUCAUUUUUAUGUCACACAAAUUUAUGUUUACGUCUGUCAGUGAUAUUAUGACACUAUUGAAUUAUUUUGCUACAUUGGAUGUGUAUUUAAACAUUUUUAAGCCAUCAAUUGAACAUCGAACAAGAUUAUAAUGCCCUGCAAGACAUGACAUGUACAAUGUGUGGUUGUUGACAAUUUAUAUUUUUGUCAUCAUUUUUUUUCCAAGAAACUUACAGUUUUUUUUCUUAUACAUGUAUUUAAUACGGAUGUCAUUUUGGCUACACUUAUAACAAAGACUUAAUAGUUCUCUAUAUAUUAUAUACAUGUCUUAUAUAUAUCUAAGUCUACAUAUUGUAAAUAGGUCAUGUAAUGGUUUCAUUUAUGACAAGCCUCCAUCCAUAUGUUACAUUGUUGUAAAUAGUUCUUCAUUCUGUACUUAAUGAAUGACAAAGAGCAUAUCAUUUGAUGUAGAAGGAUUAUAUACAUACUGUUAUUAUAUAUAUAUAUUUCUGUUGUCAAGGAGACAUGACCUUGACCUUUGACUGCUCUGAAGUUCUACUCGUGCAAUACAAGCACUGAUAUAUUUAGACUUUUUUUGUAGUUUAUUGAACAAGAGAGGAAUGUGUGAAUUCUUGACAAAACAAUGUGGCUUCAUUAUAAUAUGUUUACUUCUCCUUUCCUUAAAAGAAUUAGUGAUAUGAAAUAUAUAUAUGAGAAAUUGAUAUUUGAAAGUUUUUGUUAAAAGUUAAUUGUUACACAGACUCCAUUUUAACUGGUAUAUAUCAACAGAAUGUUUUCACGGGAUAAUUAAACUAAAGUAGAUCUGUAAAACGGGGGAGGGCUUUCAGAGGAAAAUCUUAAAAGAUUUUCAAUUUUGUUAUAAGGGGAAGAAACAAAGGAGGAGCUUCUAUUUUUGAUACAUUUUAUAUUGUUGACUGCUGAGACAUUGUAAAAGUAGGUCACGUCUAAGAAUGUGCCAUUGAUUCCGGGACUACGUGUUAACUAGGACACGUGUCGCUUCCUAUCUAUUUAUUGUGAACUAGAAUCGAUGGAGUGAUUGGUUAUAAAUUUUCUACAAAAUGUUGUUUAUUGAAGACUGAAUGAGGUUCUAUGUAGACAGUUUUUCAAACAUUAAAAUGUCAUUCAUAUAAA